AUGGUGCCAUGUAUAGGUCAUGAUAUGGAUGAUGGCAUGGAUACGGAGAGUGUCAAUUCUACGGAAAGUUCAAGAAGAUUAAAAAGGAAAAGAACAGAGGGUGGAGAGGGUGAUAUGGAGCAUAAAUUGGAUUUGUUGCUGAGCAGUCAUGAUAAUAUCGUGGCGGAUUUUGAUGUUUUCAAAUUGGAAGUUGCUCAACUUAUUAAGGAUGAGAUUAAGAGGGAGAUACAGGCAGUUAGAAAUGAUGUAGUUAAUGAUGUAACUAAAGCAGUAACUAACGCUGUACGAAAGGAAUUGGUGGAAAUGAACCGCAAUGCAGUAAAUGUGAAAACAUCUGCUGACAUCUACGGUUCGAGACUAGAGACGUUCGCAAGUAAAGUAAAGCAAUCACAGAUUGAAAGAAUUACAGUCGAGCCCAAAGAAAAGCAGGAUAUAGCAGUUACUGUACAGAAGCUAAAGAAAAGUGUAGAUGUUGGUAAACUUGGUGUUGGUGUUGAUAAAUUAGAAAAGACAAGAAGUGGAAAUGUGAUUAUAGGAUGUAAACAAAAAGAAGACUCAUGUAAGUUAUUUGAUGAAUUAAAGAAAAGUAUAGGUAAUGAAUAUAAUAUUAAAAUUAAUGAGAAAAAAAUGCCUAAGAUCAAAAUAAUCGACAUUGAAGAAGAGAUAAUUUCAAAAAAUAACGAUGAAAUAAUAAAAACGUUACAAACACAAAAUGAUUUAUCCCAAGAAGUAAACACAAAAAUGGAAAUAAAAAAAAAGGCAUUUGGAAAAAAUAAAGAAGGUUUUAUUAUCUUAGAAGUUGAUCCUAAAAGCCAUAAACAGCUUAAUGAACUAAAGGAAGUCGAGGAAUCAGAAAUAGAUGAAAUCAUUAAGAAGUUAGAUAAAAAUAAAGGUAAAGGAAGUAUGAUAUCAAAUGAUAUUAUAGAUAAGAUUUGGAAAGUCGAUAAGGUAGUGAUUAGGGAAAUAGUAAAUUGUUGUUUAAAAUCAUCUAAAAUACCUGAUAAUUGGAAAAACUCACUGAUUCACCCGAUACCUAAGGUUAAGGGAACUAAUAAUGCUGAAGAUUUUAGGCCGAUUAAUACAUUGCCUGAAUUAGAGAAAAUAGUCGAACAGGUUGUGAAAAAUAGAUUACUUAAACAUCUAGAUAGGAAUGGUAUAUUAAAAGAAGAGCAAUCUGGUUUUCGAAAGCAUCAUUCAUGUGAGACUGCACUUCAAAAGAUCAUGUGUGAAUGGAGAAAUGAAAUAGAUAAAGGUAAUAUGAUAGGAGCCGUACUUCUUGACUUAAGUAAAGCUUUCGAAACAUUAAACAUACCGAGACUGAUUGAGAAGCCAAGAAUGUAUGGAGUAGGUGGGGGUGCGUUAGAAUGGUUUCAAAACUACUUGGAAGAUAGAACGCAACAAGUUAAGUUUGGGGACGCUAUUUCGGUUAAAAUAAAGGUUAAAUAUGGUGUACCACAAGGAUCAAUAUUAGGACCUUUAUUGUUUAUAUUGUAUAUAAACGAUAUAGUGGAUGUUGCGAAGGAAUAUGGAUGUCAAUUGCCAUGUGUGGGUCAUGAUAUGGAUGAUGACAUGGAUACGGAGAGUGUUAAGUCUAUGGAAAGUUCAAGUUCAAGAAGAUUUAAAAGGAAAAGAACAGAAGAAGAAGAAAGUGAUAUAGAACAUAAAUUAGAUUUGUUGCUGAGCAUUCAUGAUAAUAUCGAAGAGAAUAACGAUGUCUUUAAAAUGGAAGUUAAGCAACUUAUUAAGGAUGAAAUUAAGAGGGAAAUACAGGCAGUUAGAAAAGAUAUAGUUAGUGAGGUAACUAAAUCAGUAACUAACGCAGUACGCAAGGAACUAUUGGAAUUGAACCGUAAUACAGUAACUGGAAAGGUAACUAGUGACACCUAUGCGGGGCGACUAAAGAAAUCACAGAUGGAAAGUAUUAUUGUGGAACCAAAGGCGAAGCAGGACACAACAGUUACUGUACAGAAACUUAAGAAGAGUGUAGAUGUUGGCAAACUUGGGCUGGGUGUAGACAAAAUAAAUGAAACAAAAAGUGGGAAGGUUAUAAUUGGAUGUAAACAAAAACAAGACUCACAUGUAUUAGUAGAAGAGUUAAAGAAAAAUAUUGGGAAUGAGUACAAUAUUAAAUUGAAUGAUAAAAAGCUUCCAAAGUUAAAGAUAAUUGAUAUAGAAGAGGAUAUAAUUUCAGAGAAACGUGAAAAGGAAAUCAUAAAAAUAGUACAAAAACAAAAUGAUUUGACAUUGGAUCAAAACAGCAAAAUAGAAAUUAAAAAGAAGGCAGUUGGAAAAAAGAAAAAGAUGGUUUUAUUAUUCUAG